CAGUCGGAACGCAGCAUGGCCCAGUCCAAACCGGGACCCUCCCCCCACUCAGUGGUACAGCCUGGAUACGCAAGCGAGGGCAAGGGCCAAUCAGAGGAGAGCCUGGGAGACUUGAAAAUCCAGACGGCAGUUGAGGCCUGGGCUGUGGCCGCGUCGGGAGUGACCGUUAGCACGGGGGGCGGCGGAGCCAUGGUGGAGGAGGGUGCUGUGACAGUCUGCGUGCGCGUGCGGCCGCUCAUCGCCAGUGAAAAUGGUGCACUUCAAGAAAAAGCUCAGCUUCACUGGCAAAGUGAGAAUUGUACAGUUUCGCAAGUGGAUGGUAUGAAGAGCUUCAUCUACGAUCGUGUCUUUCAUUCACAUGACAGCACUGAAAAGGUAUACGAAGGUGUAGCUGUUCCAAUUAUUAAGUCUGCUGUCCAAGGAUACAAUGGCACUAUUUUUGCAUAUGGACAGACUGCCUCAGGAAAAACAUAUACAAUGAUGGGCAAUGACAAUUCUAUUGGCAUUAUUCCAAAAGCAAUUCAUGAUAUCUUCAAACUUAUUUGUGCAAUUCCAGACAGAGAGUUUCUGUUGCGAGUUUCCUACAUGGAAAUAUACAAUGAAACUAUAACAGACUUGCUUUGUGACAACAGGAAAAAAAAACCUCUAGGAAUUAGAGAGGAUGUUAAUAGAAACACUUAUGUAGAAGACUUGAUUGAAGAAGUGGUUGUUGCACCAGAGCAAGUCCUGGAAUGGAUCAGAAAAGGAGAAAAAAACCGGCACUAUGGAGAAACAAAAAUGAAUCAACAUAGCAGCCGUUCUCAUACCAUUUUCAGAAUGAUUAUAGAAAGUAGGGAAAGAAGUGAUCCUGCCAACACAAACUGUGAUGGAGCAGUAAUGGUAUCUCAUUUGAAUUUGGUAGAUCUGGCAGGCAGUGAAAGAGCUAGGCAAACAGGAGCUGAAGGGCUCCGACUGAAAGAGGGUUGCAACAUAAACAGGAGUUUGUUCAUCUUGGGACAAGUAAUAAAGAAACUCUGUGAUGACCCAUCUUGCUUUAUAAAUUAUAGAGACAGCAAGCUUACACGAAUUCUUCAGAACUCCUUGGGAGGAAAUGCUAAGACAGUUAUCAUUUGUACAGUUACUCCAGUUUCUUUUGAUGAAACACUUAGCACUCUUCAGUUUGCCAAUACAGCAAAAAGAAUGAAAAAUACCCCUAAAGUCAAUGAAGUUCUGGAUGAUGAUGCUCUCUUGAAAAGAUACCGCAAAGAAAUACUGGACUUAAAAAAGCAGCUGGAAGAAGUUUCAUCAACAACUCAUCUUCAUGCUAUGGAAAAAGACCAGCUAGCUCAACUGUUAGAAGAAAAAAAUUCUCUUCAAAAGGUGCAGGAAGACAAGAUACGAAAUUUAACUGAAAUGCUUGUGACCUCUGCUUCUUUUUCAUCAAAACAAGAUUUUAAAGCCAAAAGAAAAAGAAGAGUAACCUGGGCCCCAGGCAAAGUAAGUCAGAAGGAUAAUGUUAACUAUCUUACAAGUUUUGAAAUGCCAAGCCUGACUGACUACAAAAAACUGAAAACGUCUCUAUCGGCAUUACCAGAUGUGGAAGAUUCUACGCUUUCAGAAUAUUCUGAAUGUGACUUCCAAAGUCUGCCUACUCCUGAUUCCAUAGUAGAAGUGGAGUGGACUUCUGGACAAAAUAUGGACUGGAGUCAAGACUUUGCAGAAUCCAUCCAACUUUGUGAAACUCUAGCACUGGAAAAGGAUAUUGCUGUAAAUGAAGCAAAUGUCCUGCAAGCUAGCUUUGACAAUCUGGUCUUAGAAAAUGAGCAACUGAAGCAGGAGAUAAGUGAACUGAAAGUAAAACUAAAAGAAAAGAUAGAAACUGAUGAAUUUGAGGAACUGGAAAAACAAAUGCAAAAAGACCAUGAGAUACAACUAAUGCAUGAAAUUACCAACUUAAAGAGUAUAGUUGCAAAUGCUGAAGUGUACAAUGAAGAGCUUGAGGCUGAACUAAAAUCAAAAUUGGAACAGUUUAAAAGAAAAGAAAGCAAAAUACAGAAUUUAGAAAAACAAGUGGAAGAACUACAAAAGUCAGGGAUAGAAAAAAAGGAAGAGUCUCUUUCACUGGGAGAUUCUGAUAAACUAACUGAUGAAAUUCAGCAGUUAAAUAAGUCUCUCAUUGACACUAAAACUGUAGCCCUGGAUGCCAAGAAGGAAUCUGCGUUUCUUAGGAGUGAAAAUUUAGAGCUAAAAGAGAGAAUGAAUGAAGUUUUAAAUAAUUACAAGCAAAUGGAGAAGGAGGUUCAACUGUAUCAAAGUCAACUAGAAGCAGGAAAAGUUAGCUACAAGAAAAUGCAAGCAGACCUGCAAAGAGAGCUGCAGUCAGCUUUUCAAGAAAACACAAAGCUGAAUUCAAUCUUGGAGGGCAAAGUUCCAAACGAAUUGCUUUCUCUUGUGGAAUUGGAAAGAGAGGCAGCUGGUUUGAAAACAGAAUUGAAUAAAGCAUUAGAAGAAAAUGUAUGUCUACAGAAAGAAGUAGAUUCAUUAUCAGAAUUCAGAUCUCUUCCAGAUAAAGUUAAGAUGCUGCAGAAAGAGAUGCUUGAGAAAUCAGAUGAGCUGUGCUUACUAAAAUCAGAAAGAGAGAAACUGGUUUCUGAAGUAGCUGACAAAGAAACCCAACUUAAAGGUAUGAGUGAAGAAAUCAGAAACUCAAAACAAGCCCUAGAAGCUGCCCAACUAAAAUAUGAUCAGGAGUAUAUAGAAUUUAAACACUGCCAUGAAGAACUUGAGCAAAAAUGCUUGGCUGCAUCUGAAGAAAAUGAGCAAAUGAAACUUCAAGUAGAACAUCUAGCUAAUGACACGCAAAAGCAUAAAACAGCUUUGGAUGAUGUGAGAUUAGAGCUCUCUAGGAAAAUGCAAGAAUUACAAGAAAAGACAGCAGAGCAGGAACAACUUUGUGGUGUUAAAGAAGAACUGGAACAAGCACAGCAAUGGUUGUAUGAAAUGGAGCAGCUCAAAGAGCAGUUAAAGAUCAGUGAAUCUAGAAUGGAGGCCAAGGAGGUAGAAGGCCAGACAAUUGUUCAGAAACUCCAUGAAAGUCGAGAAGAAAUAAGAGCGGUUAUCCAGGAUAGAGAUGAACUGAAGCAAAAAUACGAUUCUCUUCAAACUGAGAUGGACCAACUCAGAGAAGAUAUAAAGGAGACGGUUACAAUGAACAUCCUGGCACAUGAAGAACUGAGAGAUGCACAGAGUUCUCUCAAACAGUACCAGCAGAACAUUAAAGAGUUGGAGGAAGGUCUCUUAAAGAAAAGAUCAGAGAUUGUGAAUGUUCAAGAGUCUCUUCAGGCAACUAUUGGUGAGCUGGAGCUGAAGGUAAUGCAUCUUACUGAAGAGCUAAAACAGGUCAGUUCAGAGAGAAACCAACUAACUGAAGAAAUAAAUACUAAAAGCAAGGAAGAAAAUGACCAACUUCAGUUGCUAAAGGAACAAGUCUUGUCUGUCACUGGGGAAAACACAACACUUCAGGAAAAAUUGGAGGGUUUAUUGCUAGAGAAGGAACCAUGUAAAGAAUGCUCUUCUCCGAUCCAACAACUUCAAGAAAAGUCUAUCAAGCAGGAACAGCUGCUUCUCUUGAGAGAAGAGAUGAGUCAGGCUCAACAGAAAUUUCAUGAAGUGGAAGAAAUAAAAUAUAAUGAAUCUAGGAUGGAGUCUCUAGAAAGAACAAAAAUAGUUCCUGCUCCAAAACUUUAUGACUGUCAAGAAAUGAAUGCAGUAAUUCAAGAAAGAGAUUAUUUGAAAAUGCAACUAGAAGCUCUUCAACAUGAAAGAGACUACCUCAAGGACAUGAUGCAGGAAACAAGUCCCACAAGCUCAAAGGACCAGGAACUCAUAAAUGCACAUGGUUCUCUCAAACAGCAUCAGGAAAUGACUGAAGAACUGAAAAGAAGUAUUUCAGAGAAGGAAAGUCAGCUCUCUGAAGUACAAGAGGUGCUUGGGCAAACAAUCAAUGAACUGAAGCAGAAGGUCACUCAGGUAACUGAAAACUUGACUGGUGUCUCCUUGGAGCAUGAGAAACUACUAGCUGAAAAAGAGCAUACUGAACAAACAAUGAAUGAGUGUAUAUAUCAGCAACUUCAGAAUAUCACAUCACUUACUCAAGCGAGAGAUGAUUUGCAGCAAAUGCUAGAGGACAUGGAGGCAGAAAGAGACCAAUUAAAGGAUGAUGUACAGGAAAACAGGGAAAGGUCCCUGAAAAUUCAGGCAGAAAUGGAAAAUCUACAGGAGGAGCUGAAGCAACAGCAAGAGCAGGUUGAUAUUCAGAAGAACUUGUUAGCAGAACGAGAAAAGGAACUGCAGAAGACUAACGAAACGCUAACAGAAGAAACAACACAACUACAAGAGAAGAUAUUCAAGCUGAAUGAAGAGUUGAAUCUGGCAACUAGAGAGAAGCAUCAGCUACUGGAUGAGUUGACAGAGAGGAUUGAGGCUGGAGAUUACCAGUUGCACCAGGAACAGAACUGCUCUUUUGCACAUGAAAAUGACCAGCUUCAGCAGAUGCUGGUGGGUGUUAGGGCAGAGAGAGACAAACUGGAGGCAGACCUUCAAGAGAGAACUGAGGAGUCCAUGAAAAUUCAGGUAGAAAUGGAAAAUCUACAGGAGGAGCUGAAGCAUCAGGAAGAGCUGGCUGAUAUCCAGAAAAACUUGUUAGCAGAAAGAGAGAAGGAGCUGCAGAGGACUAAAGAAAAGCUAACAGAAGAAACAACACAACUGCAAGAGAAGUCUUUGAAAAUUCAGGCAGAAAUGGAAAAGCUUCAGGAGGAGGUGGAAUAUCAGAAAGAGCAAGUUGUUAUCCAGAAGAACUUGUUAGCAGAAAAAGAAAAGAAACUGCACAGGACUGAAGAAAAGCUAAUAGAAGAAACAAUGCAACUGCAGGAGAAGAUUGAGAAGUUGAAUGAAGAGUUGAACUUGGCAACUAGAGAAAAGCAUCAGCUACUGGAUGAACUAAGAGAAAAGACUGAGGAUGGGGAUAACCAGUUGCACCAACUAGAGAAACAGAGCUGUUCUCUAGCACAAGAAAGAGACCAACUCCAGCAAAUGCUGGCUUGUGUUACGGCUGAGAAGGAUAAACUGGAGGCGGACCUUCAAGAGAGCAUUGAGAAGUCCCUGAAAAUUCAGGCAGACAUGGAAAAUCUCCAGAAGGAGCUGAAUCAGCAGAAGGAGCAAGUUGAUAUCCAGAACAGCUUGUUAGCAGAAAAAGAAAAGGAACUGCAGAGGGCUGAAGAAAACCUAACAGAAGAAAAAACACAACUGCAAGAGAAGAUAGAGAAAUUGAAUGAGUUGGUUCUGACAAACCAUAAAAGGCUUCAACUUCUGGAUGUGUUAAGAGAGGAGACUGAAAUGAAGGAUAAGCAGCUGCAGCAACUGGAGAAACACAGCAGUUCUCUAACACAAGAAAAAGACCAGCUUCAGCAGGUGUUGGAGGAUGUAAGGGCAGAGAAGGAUCAACUGGAGGCAUAUCUUCAAGAGAGCACUGAGAAGUCCCUGAAAAUUCAGGCAGACAUGGUAAAUCUACAGAAGGAGCUGAAGCAACAGAAAGAGCAAGUUGAUAUCCAGAACAACUUGUUAGCAGAAAGAGAAAAGGAACUGCAGAGAGCUGAAGAGGAAACAACACAACUACAGGAGAAAAUUCUUGAAACCCAGAAAGAGCUGAAACAGCAUCAAGAACUAAUCAACAAUGAAAAAAACAAGGCUGAAGGAAGAGAAGCAGAACUACUGAAAGUUCAGAGACAAUCUGAGUUUCUAGAAGCGGGUUUAAAGGACAAGAUCCAUCUAUUAACUGAUGCACUGACCAAUAUCUCUUGUGAAAGAGAUCAGUUAUUAGCUGAAAAAAACAAUAUUUCACUUAAACUUCAAGAACAGAUUUCAUCAAUGAAUCAAGAAAAAGAUGAGCUUCAAAAAAUACUUGAAGGUAUCACAUCUGAGAGAGACCAACUAAAGACUGACCUGCAGAAAGCUAUUAACAUGUGCAAUGAAACAAAUGAAAAGUUGGAACUUGCCUUAGACCAAUUAAAACAGAAAAAACUGAAUGAUGUGGCAGUUCAAUCAAAUCUACCAGAUAAUGAAGAACAGAUUCAUUCUGACAGCUUGGAGGCAAAAGCUUUGGAAGUAAAGUUACUUUUGGAGAAAUUCCCAAAGAUGGAGAAGAGAUAUGAUUGUUUCACUACAAUGUCUCUUAAUCUGGAGAGUCAGCUCAACAGUCAGAAAGAACAGAUAGACCUGAUUCUAAAACAGCUUUCAUCUGAACCAGCUAAACAAGUUAAAAGACUUCAAACUGAAAAUGAGAGAAUAAGCAGUUAUCUCCAGAGCUUAUUGAAGAAACUUCAGUUUCUGUUCAGCCGUACUUGCCUGAAGAAGGGAAACUACUAUGGCACUGUUAACAAGUGUGAAAUGGAGCUGCUAGAUAAGAAGAGAGAAGUGAUAAAGCAGCAAAUUGUCCAAGAUAUGUCAGCAAUGGAAACUGAAGCUCUUGGCUUAGAGGAUGAAUUACAACAGGAACAGCGUGCAAGGCAAGAAGCAAUUCGGUUCUUGGAAAUGUGUUCAGAAACUUGUGACGUUGAAAAACUUAAAGAUUGCAUAAAGCAAGAGAAUGAGAGGCUUUUAAAAAUGAUUAAUCUCUGGACUCCUAAAGUGAAACCACACUUUCAAGCUCUACUGGACAUAGACAGAGAAACUGCCAAUUAUUGCCAAAACUUUGAAACAGAACUGAAUCAAAGAAAAGAAAAGACUGAAGACAUGCUUCAGGAAUUGAAGACUACUAAGGAACAGCUCACACCUUGUAGCACUGCUAAUCAUGCACUAGAAGAAGAAAACUAUAGACUUUGCAAUAAAUUAAAAACCACCAAACAAGAUGUAAAGAUAAUGAAAGCAGAAGUCAAAAAGCUUGAAAAUACAUUAAUUGAAAUGGAAAAAAAUGUCAAGGAGAAAGAAGAGAGAAUAGCAGUCUUGUUAUCAGAGCUUAAAAGGAGAAGUGCUACAAGUGAGCUUACCCAACUUCAUGCUAAAUUAAAUGAGACUGAGAAGUAUCUUAAAAGUACGUUAACAGAAAAGGAGACUCUUGAGGUUAAAUUAAAUAAAGGGGCUGAGUUGUACAAAGAAGAAAUUGAUAAUCUCAAAACUCAGUUGGUGAAAUCUGACAUGGAACGAAUGAAGCAAUCCAAGUUCUUUGAACGGGAAACUGCUAAUGCAAAAGCUCUGGCAAAACACAAAGAGGAACAGUUAAGAAAACUAAAAGAAGAGCUUAGAAGAGCACAGCAAGAGCAAAAUGUUUCUGUUAUAUCAGAAAAAGAACUUCCUCAGGCAUCCCAAAUACCCCUUACUUGUGGUGGUGGCAGUGGAAUUGUACAGAGCACACAAAUGCUGGUUUUAAAAUCUGAACAGGUUAAAUUACAAAAAGAAAAUCUUCAUUUGAAGAAGCAAAAUGAUCUUCUUCUAAGCAAUGAGCAUCAGCUGAAAAAGGAGCUUACAAAGUGGAAAGAAAGAGCACUAAAACUGAGAGAAGUGUCUUCUAGAGGUGUUUCUCAGGAGAUGAUUCCAAGGUCUCCAAAGAAGACAGCAUCUCUUCCUUGUAAAGAGCAAAUACUUUCUCCCAAGGAACACAAUUCACAAGCAAUUCUGCCCUUGGAUACACCAAAACAUUUGCCACCGACUUGCCCCACAAAUUUCUUCGAUAACUCCAGCUUAGGCACGCUUAUAGAUGCACGACCUGGAGGAAUAGAGCCUACAGAGGAACAAUAUAAGCACUGGUUAGGAGUUUCAGAAAAGGAUGAAGCACCUGACUGUACAACCCAAUAAAGCUCUGUUCCUUGUUCUUGCCAGUGAAUAAAGCCAGACACUGCAUAUGUAGAAUAUACUUGCUGCAGAAUUAGCAACUGGAUUUUAACCUCAAACUGUGGGAACAGUCUUCUGACAUUAUUAUCUCACUUCUUAGGGGUAACUUUGCUGUCACUUCUUUUGUAUUUGGGAUUUAACAAUUCUUAAGAGCUGGUGUUGCCUACUUCCAGCUAAUGCUGUCUCUUCAGCUGUUCUUCAUUACUUACCUUGUGAUGGCAAAGAUAAAGUCUGCAAGCUAAAGAGGAAUAUAGAAUGGAUCGCAAACCAAACUGCAUUUUCACUGUGAAACUUAUCAGUCUUGGAGACUAAUGCUGCCACUCCUACAACAACCGUCCCAACAUAAACCAGUCUUUCUCAGUCUGUUAUAAUAGAAAGAGCUCUACUUUUCUGCUUCUUUUUUCUACCUUUGUGGAAGACGUUUUUCUGGUUUUUAUAUCACUUUGUAAGACUGGGGAAUUGUAUUCUCAACUUCUUUUAACCACUGUCUGGAAAAAAUAACAAAUAAACUGCUAGCAUUUCAUUUACAGGAGCAUGCAAUCUAAGUGCAGAUAUGAGAUUUUUUUUUUUUUUAAAUGAAGAGUAGAGGCUACUGUGGUUCCAAAAAUAAUUUUGUGAACUUUUUUUUCCCCCCUGAACAUAGCUAUAGUGAGUACAGAGUGGGGGAAAACUGGCUGCUUUAAUGCUAAUCAUCAGUUUCUAACUGCUUCCAUCUACUACAGAUAGAAAUAGGAAGUGGAAUGCUUAUGCUGCUUGUUUACAGAUCUAAACUGCAAGACUGACCUAUAUCUCACCAUUGUGAUUAUCUGUGGGGGUCUGUCUCUUUGUAUCUCAGGUAUUUAAGAAUGUUCUUGAUUUAAUAAAGUAUUAAAUGUUUAAACGA